UUGCAUGCCCGUGAAGUUUAGUCGAGCGCUGCCUAGCUAUUGGUCAAAUUUUAUUUGUCAGAGUUUGUGCAUGUGUUUGUCAUCUUCAUCUAUCAUUUUGAGGAUAACAGUCAUAGAAAGUAGAAGCAUUCCGACAUAGUUAAAAUCACAUUCAUUUGAUUGAAUAUGGGUUGCUUUUGGUCCAGUGAGUGUGAUUCUCGGGAACGAUGUCAGCAUUGCAAUAGAAGGGCUGUUAAUAAUUUGAUUGUCGUUAAUCAAGUUUGUGAAAUUUGUACAUACAAUUCAUCGAAACAAACGAGUACACCACAUAGUUCGGGAAGGAACAAGCCGUGCUUCGGUAAAUACAUUUGUGUUUGCGGAAAUGCUUGGAGCAGUCGCAAAUCAUGGCCCCAAAAAUAUCAAAUCUGUACACGAUGCCGCAAGAAGGUGUACGCUCGCACUCAAAGACCCUUACGUUCUUCUGACUGGACAAAUAAUAAGAAUUCUCGAGAUCAUCUGAGUAAUUUGUGUCAGAUGUGUCAAGAAUUGGGAUACGAUUGUGGAAAGUUAUUUGAGAUCUAAAAUACAAAAUGACUGCUUUUUUUUAAAUUUUAUUAUUACUAUCUGCAUUGCCUUACCUUAUGAAACAUUACCCGGUUAAAGAAUAAUAUUUUUAAUAGAUUCUCAGAUGGGAACAAAAAAAGAAAUUUGAAUCUAGUGAAAAAAUAAUACCUACAGUAGGUAUCUAUUUUUUAUCAAAUUAGUUUUAUUCCAUAGAUAAAUAUUAUACUUGAUUUUAAAUAUCACGCCAGUAGGAUUUAAGCAUAUUUUAUGUACCUACCCAUCGUUGUGGUUAAUUCAAUGUAAUUUUAACGUUUGCAGAUACGUAAUUGUAGACACGUAAAUAGCUCUAAGAUUCAAUUUAUAUUAAAUACGUAUUUAACAUU